CGCAUGGUGAUGGUGGUCUUCGCCCACUGCCUCUGCUGGGGGCCCUACACGUUCUUUGCCUGCUUCGCCGCUGCCCACCCUGGCUACGCCUUCCACCCUCUGGUGGCCGCCCUGCCAGCCUACUUCGCCAAAAGUGCCACUAUCUACCACCCCAUUAUCUAUGCCUUCAUGAACCGGCAGUUUCGAGACUGCAUCUUGCAGCUCUUUGGGAAGAAGGUGGAUGAUAGCUCUGAACUCUCCAGCGUUUCCAAAACAGAGGCCUCAUCUGUCUCCUCGGUGUCAGCUGCCCGAGUCGUCUGUCUCCCACUGGAAAACGUAACCAGUCCCACCCUCCGGGGCUUUGGCCACCCCGCCCCUGCCCCUUUUCUCCAUCCCUGUGAAAUAAAUGUAGUUUCUCUUUGCCAGAAGCAACCGAGUCAUAGAGGCUGCCACUGCAGCUUGGGGGCACCCGAGCCUCUGAGCGCUGGGUCACUGGGUCGUGAGAGAGCACGGGGGGGGGGGAGAGGGGCGCAGCACCGUACUUUGGAGUUGCUCAUCUUUUCUAAGCCUCAUGUCUACAGACGGGAUAGAAGGAUCGCAAGAAAGGCGAGCCCCUGGGCGCUGGGCCCCGGGGGCGGGGGGGGGCCCGGGGGGGGGGGGGAGAGGGGCGCAGCACCGUACUUUGGAGUUGCUCAUCUUUUCUAA